AAUACUCAUAUUAUUAUUGCUUUUAUUCUGCUUCAAAAAGCCAUGUCAGAAGCUCCCAAAGCCUUAUCCGAUGAUGAUAUCGUCGUGGAAAACAAUAACAAGGCGUUGAAGUUCAUCGAAGACGUUACUGUUAAUGCUGAUGAAGUGCAGAAGCGAGUUCUAUCCGAGAUUCUCACUCGUAGUGCCGAUGCUGAGUACUUACAGCGGAACGGCCUUAACGGGUGUACCGAUAGAGAAACAUUCAAGAAGGUGAUGCCGGUCAUAACGUACGAAGAUUUGAAGCCGGAUAUCGAGCGUAUCGCCAAUGGCGAUACGUCACCGAUUCUUUGCUCCCAACCCAUAUCAGAGUUCUUAACAAGCUCGGGUACAUCCGGCGGGGAGAGGAAACUGAUGCCGACGAUCGACGACGAACUCGAGAGGAGAUCGUUGCUAUAUAGCCUACUGAUGCCGGUAAUGAGUCAAUUUGUUCCGGGUUUGGAUAAAGGGAAGGGAAUGUAUUUCUUGUUUGUGAAAUCAGAAGCCAAGACCCCGAGUGGACUCGUGUCUCGUCCCGUUUUAACGAGUUACUACAAAAGCUCAUAUUUUAAGGAUAGGCCUAAUGAUCCCUACACCAAUUAUACGAGCCCCAACGAAACAAUUCUCUGCCUAGAUUCUUACCAGAGCAUGUAUUCUCAGUUGCUUUGUGGUAUUUAUCAAAACCGAGAAGUCGUUCGGGUCGGCGCGAUUUUCGCUUCCGGUUUCAUUCGAGCAAUCCAGUUCCUCGAAAAACAUUGGAGUCUACUCUGUAGAGAUAUUCGUACCGGAACUAUCGACUCGAAAAUCACCGAUCCUACUGUAAGGGAAGCCGUCUCGAAAUUCUUGAAACCAAACCCCAAGCUUGCUGAUUUUGUCGAAGCAGAAUGUACCAAAGGGUCAUGGAAAGGGAUCAUAACUAGACUGUGGCCUAACAGUAAGUAUAUAGAUGUUAUUGUUACUGGUACCAUGUCUCAGUACAUUCCUGCACUAGAUUAUUACAGCGACGCCCUGCCCCUCGUUUGCACCAUGUACGGGUCAUCCGAAUGUUAUUUCGGAAUCAAUCUCGAACCGCUUUGCAGUCCUAGUGAGGUUUCCUACACCCUUAUCCCCACCAUGGCGUAUUUCGAGUUCUUGCCGGUAUCUAGGAAAAAUGAGCUAACGGGUUCCGUCUCUGAAUCAACGGCCCUGAACGAUGAAGAAAAAAAAAAGCUCGUCGAUCUUGUCGACGUGGAACUGGGACGAGAGUAUGAGCUUGUUGUCACAACAUAUGCAGGUCUUUAUCGAUAUCGAGUUGGAGACAUACUUCGCGUGCCCGGAUUCAAGAACAACGCCCCGCAAUUCAACUUUAUAUGUCGGAAAAACGUUGUUCUCAGCAUUGAUUCCGAUAAAACCGAUGAAGUGGAGCUACAGAACGCUGUGACAAACGCUGCAAACCAACUCAUGCAAUUCGAAGCAUCUUUGGUGGAAUACACCAGCUACGCAGACACAUCGGCCAGUCCCGGUCAUUACGUGCUGUAUUGGGAAAUAAGUGUCAAAGAUGCAACUUUGAUCCCUCCGUCGGUUUUCGAGGAUUGUUGCUUCACCGUCGAAGAAUCACUUAAUAGUGUCUACCGGCAAGGGCGAGUUUCGGACAAAUCCAUCGGGCCGUUGGAGAUAAGGGUAGUGGAGAAUGGCACAUUCGACUUGCUCAUGGACUUUGCUCUAACCCAGGGUGCAUCAGUAAACCAGUACAAGACACCGAGGUGUGUCAAAUAUGCUCCCAUUAUCGAGCUUAUGAAUUCGAGAGUCGUUUCGAGUUAUUUCAGUCCGAAAUGUCCGAGAUGGAAUCCGGGUCACAGGCAAUGGUGCACUCAAAAUUGAAGGAGCAUUGAACAUCCUUUUUCUGUAAUGAUAGCAAUGGAAAGAACUGUUUCACUUC